AAGGAGCGUCGUCGAGACACGUCAUUGAAGGAUGACUGCUUUAUUGAUAAGUUUUCCGAAGCCGCGUGGAUUGUUGCGCUACCUUUGUUAGUGCGACGCUUGAUAAGGAAGGAUUCGUCUGUGGCACGUCUCUCCAUCGAAUAUUGCUGUCAACCAUGGUCGAAAGAGAACAGACAAAAAAAGAUAUAAAAGAAUUAGCGAAAAAUGAUAAGUAUUCGAUUUUGCUUCCAACCUACAACGAAGUUGAGAAUUUACCCAUAAUUGUAUGGCUUAUCGUGAAGUAUAUGGAUGAGAGCGAACUUGAUUAUGAGAUUAUCGUGAUAGACGAUGGUUCACCAGAUGGAACAUUGGACAUGGCCAAACAGCUGCAAAAUGUAUAUGGAGAGAACAAAAUUGUUUUGAGACCGAGAGAAAAAAAACUUGGGCUAGGCACAGCUUACAUGCAUGGGAUUAAACAUGCUACAGGAAACUUUAUUGUCAUUAUGGAUGCAGAUUUGUCUCAUCAUCCCAAAUUUAUACCAAAAAUGAUAGAGCAGCAGAGAUAUCUUGAUCUAGAUAUCGUUAGUGGCACCAGGUAUGAGCAAGGUGGUGGAGUUUAUGGUUGGGAUUUCAAGAGAAAAUUAAUAAGCAGAGGAGCAAAUUUCUUGACUCAACUGUUGCUGAGGCCAGGUGUCAGUGAUCUCACAGGAAGUUUUAGACUAUACAAAAAAGAUGUACUGGAGAAACUUAUUCAGUCCUGUAUAUCAAAGGGAUAUGUCUUCCAGAUGGAGAUGAUUGUAAGAGCUAGGCAAUUCAACUACACCAUUGGAGAAAUUCCAAUCACAUUCGUCGACCGUGUUUAUGGAGAAUCAAAGCUGGGAGGAUCAGAAAUUUUCCAGUUUGCAAAAGGUCUUCUAUAUCUCUUUGCAACAACGUAAUAUAACACGCGAUGAGAAAAGAAAUGAAAAUAAUCAUUUCUCAUAUUUUGAAAAGAAAGAUAUAUAAAUCAAAAUGUCUAUAAAUAAAAAAUUGUAUAUUAAUGUGCGUUUUUUAAAUAAACACUUAAGUUAUAUGCACUAA